AUGGAUGUCACUACAGAGACCUUCUCCUACCAUCUCCCUCGGAUCUUGGAUAACUUGGCCAACUGUUGCUUUGUCUCGCUGGACUUUGAGUUCUCCGGUAUCUCAUAUGGCAUCACAUCACAAAGGACAGCCCAGGGACCACAGUCAUUGCAGGAUCGCUAUUCGGAGGUCAAGAGUGCAGCUGAUAAGUUUCGGAUUCUACAAAUUGGGUUGACGAUUUGCAAUGAGGAUGUUACGACUGGAUUAUACACCCUGAAACCGUAUAAUAUGUAUCUCAGCCCGACGAUGGAUCAUAGACUGGAGGUGGAAAGGAAUGUCACCUUUCAGAGUAGUGCCGCCGAUUUCCUCUUGGAAAACAACUUUAGCAUGGACGCAUACUUCAAAAAUGGAGUAAAGUAUCUCUCCCGAGACGAGGAGAAAGAGGCCACGGCCAAAGCCACGGAACGGCGUGAUCGUCCGGUGGUACGUCGUCUCGAAAUAGAUGUCAAAGAGGAGGACCAAGAGUCGCUCGAAUUCUUGGAAGCCGUUCGAAAAUUAAUUGACGAUUGGCUUGCUCUUGGUAAUGGCCGUGAUAGUUAUUUGAACAUUCCACCACCAACCCGCAUGAACGACCCCAAGCCUACGGGGUUCUUUCCCACGACUUUGAACAGGUUCCAGAAGAGGCUCGUCCACCAACUGAUUGAAGCGGAAUUUCCCUCAUUGGUGACAGUCGGCAAGCCUGCGUUCAUCCAGAUCCUAGAGUUCGACGAAGCACGUGAAAAGGCCGUCCGAGAACAGCGGAUGAGGUACCAGGAAGAGAGGAUGAUGAAACAGACAGGGUUCCGGUGGAUUGCAGAAGCGUUGGCUGGGGGUGAUUUAUCGAAUCUUGACCAAGGGUGCUUCAUGGGUGUCAUGGCGAAUUCUCCCGCGGGAGCUGGGUUAUCUCUGAAAGAAUUCGCGAACAGACUGAAGGAGCGAUUGAGAACUCACCGGCCUGUCAUUGUUGGUCACAAUCUGUUCACGGACCUUAUUUACUUUUACAGAUGCUUUUUUGGGCCGUUGCCGGAUCGUGUUGAGGAUUUUCAGGCUGCGGCUCAUGAGAUGUUUCCGGUCUUGAUGGAUACAAAGUAUAUGGCUACGCAUGACUGUGGUUCUAUCAAUCCGAUAUCAUCUUUGUCGGAGAUCAAUGACAGCUUGUUGAAGACAUCGAUACCCAAAAUGACUGUACACCCUCAACACUCCAAAUAUCACGACCAGAAGGUUGAUCAUGAAGCGGGAUACGACAGUUUAUUGACCGCGCAGAUAUUCAUCAAACUCUCCGCCCAACUCCGUCACGGAGGUACCUCCAAGUAUCUUGGAACAGCCCCGUUGACACCUCAACCGGCAGAGUCCACUGAGUCUACAAACCUGCGCACAAGGUUCGAUCUUCUCCAAUGCGAAGAGACCGCAGACACCUUUGGCAGUAGUAUCCCAGCAGCCACGACGCCCCAGACCCGGAAGAUGGUGGACAAUGGUGAAUUGAUCCCCCGAUUCGACGCGGAAUUCUGGAAAGCGUAUGGCAACCGGCUGCGCGUUUUUGGGCCCUCUGUGGUCGACUCGAGAGUAUGCAGAAGCUGUCAACAGACCCUCGUCCGCCGUGACUACACCUCGGCCGCAGCGACACCGCUAGAAUCCACCUCAACAACCAAUUCCUCCCCCGUCCACCCCGUCGUGCCCGCCAGCCACAUCAUCAACGCCGGCGUGCUCCUCUCCCGCCCGCCCCAGAUCACCCGCGACCUAACCUCCUUCGAAAAGUCCUACUUCUUCUACCAGAAACGCCUGAACGAGCGUCUCGUCCUCCCCUUUACGAAAUAUUUCUACUUCAAGCCCGGAACCCCCGCCGACGAGGACUGGAAGCGGCGGGUGCGUGAGCGCCAGACCCCCGCGCGGGACAUUGGCAAGUACAAUGCGUACUCGAAGGACGCGUGGAAUGACGAGUUGCUGGUUGGGUCGAAGGAGGCGGAGCCGGAGCAUAUGGUCGAGGCGCUAGUGAAGGAUGCCGAGGAGACGGCCAAUGCUACUUCGCAGGAUACGAGUAAGAAGGAGGAGAUUCCGCGGCCGUUCCCGCGGGUGACGGAGGCGGAUACCAAGGGUGAUCAGCAGAGUUUGAAUCGGUUGUUGCAGAGGACGCUGUAUCUGCUUGUGCAGCAUACAGAUGGGUACUGGAAGUUGCCUAGUUCUCCUGUGGAGACGGGUGAGGAUCUUCGAGUGGCCGCUCAGCGUACCCUCGCACAAUCCGCCGGAGUCAACAUGAACACCUGGAUGGUUGGCUACCACCCCGUCGGCCACCACGUCUACGACGCCCGACAACCCAAGCCCGACCAGACCGGCCGAACAAUUCUUGGCGAAAAGACCUUCUUCAUGAAGAGCCGCAUCAUGACAGGACAGGCCAACUUGAGCGGAAACGUCCAGAACCUCAAGGACUUCAGGUGGGUGGCCAAGGAUGAGAUCCCGAAGUUCGUGCUGCGGGAUUACUGGAGCAACAUCAGAGAUAUGCUGGCUGAACGGUAA